AUGCAGCAAGACCAACGGACUCUUUCUCUUGAUAGCAGCUCUCGAUCCCUGACGGAUCAGACACACGUCGAUCUCGAGGAGUUGACGUUAUUGAAGCUGUUGGAUCAGCUUUCUGAGCAUGGUUCCAACAAGUACACUGGAGAUGAGGGGCUUCGGGAACCCACAGACACAGAGGGGAAGGCUCUUGAUGCUGCCUGCGAGCGGCAUACAGAAUCCCUUUACGAUUUAGCUUGCGAUCCCGGGUCUAUCACGUACACUGCGUGUGAGAACUCAAAGAGGGAAGUCUUGUCCCUCCUUGAAGGGCGCGCCUUCGCUGACAGACAGCUCCUCAUCGGCAAUACGAUGGUCCCGGACAUCUUCUAUGCCUACAUCAAGGGUGAAAAGCCGGCUGUGCCUAUCUCUGAAAGUGUGAUGAACGAUGCCAAGACGCAUCUCACCGAGAUCCAGCGCAUGGUGGACAGGGCGUUCGAGGAGGUUGGGGAUGAGAACUCGACGACACAGUUGCGACUUCCCGAUGAGUGGAUGGAAAGAUUGACCAAUGCCAGAAUCAUGGCUGGGCAACAUCAGGAAAUGGAUGGGCGGCAAUUGCUCGUCUUUUUCAAAAUGCUCGAAGCACAUAUCCUACACAAGGAGAGCCAAGAGGAGGGCUCAAAGGACGGUACUUCUUGCGAAGGCUCGAGUCUGAAUGGCUCCGGUUUGAAUCCCCCAAAUAAACGAUUGAUCUGGCCUUGCACCUUUUCCGCACCAAUGCGGUUUUGCUGCCUGGCACGCGAUGUUCAGUUGAGAUCUCAUAAGGGUUCCCAGACGUGUUGGGGAACAAUGGGAUUCGACACUUCGUUGCUAAAACGCAUGUCUAUGACACGACUAUUUCACUUGAGCACAUCACGCCCACAACGUCUCGACGUCUGCUCUGUCUUUGUCGGCAAAUCAUUGCAGCAACCCGACGACGGGACGGCUUACAAUGAACAAGCUCCUCAUACUAUGAAAUCAAGUGACGGGACCAUGGAAGGGUCACACAAUCGUUCCACCUGGUACGAUGGCUCAUAUUCGCAUGCCAGGUCGGAAAUGAGGGAUUAUGAGUCGAGCUACAACGAGGCUGCAGAAAGGUUUUAUCGCGCGCCCGACCAAAGGAGCCUGGAUGUUCUCAACGUGUACGCAAAGUCUUUCAUCGGAACCCUCAGUGAUCUAUCCGUACAAGAGCGAACGCAAGCCGAUGAAGCCAUGGUCACCGAAGCCCAGGAGGGACUGAAACUGUGGCCUGUGUAUCUUGCUUUUGUGCGAAACACGCGACCAAUGGAGACCGUAUCUGAUGCUGUCAUGCUUGAAAGGAAGGAAGCGCUUGCCAAAAUGCACAAGGAGUUGGAGUAUGCCAAGGAUCACCAGUAUCCCUCGUACAUUCAGUCGAAGGAAAGUUGGAAGAUGAGGUUGGUGACAGCCGUAUCCGCUGCGAAAACCUCCCUGGACGAUUGGACCUACCACACGCUUGGCAGAUUUUUCAUGCUUCAUCGGGAAUACUCACUCAACAACCUAGUGCAGUUGGACAGGCUGAUGCGAGCCGCACAACAGGGGAGAAACAAGAAUCGACGGUUACCGAGGGCUGGACGCGGUCAAGGUGUGGAGAAGCCGCAGAAGCGUCGAUGA